AUGGAAUCACCCAAGUCGAAACCUGGGAGGUUGACUCCCAUCAAGAAGAAGAGCGCGACCUCACGCGCUGCUGUUCAAAGUUUCUUCGAGGAGCACAAGGUCAAAGAGAUCUUGCAGGAUUUGACGUCAGAUCUGGCCAUCAACCAACCUUCCGAUCCCAAGAAGUACCUGUAUCACAAACUUGGCAACUUCUUCGGAUUCGAACAGAAGGAGGAGGACAACAAGGAGGACCUUAAGGGUGAGAAGACAUGUUACCUGAGGAUGCACGUGGAGUGCGUCGGGAGAGCGCAUGCUGGUCGCGUUCAUUUCAUACGCCGUGCUACCAUGAAGGAUGCAGACAACAUUCUGUUCUCUGCAUGGGAGAAGGUGAACUUUGACAUCGCUCGUUCUAUGUUGGAGCCUCUCAAGGAGUCUGGGCAGGAGGCGUCGGCGUUGCUGCAUGAUGUUGUGGUUCAAGCCAACAAUGACAGCAACAACGAAUCUGAUGCAAACAGCCAAGCACCGCACAACGAAACUGAGAAGGUGAGGAUCGUGAGGAUAGAAGGAUGUGACUCACUUUCUCCCAAAAGGGAAAUUUGCUAG